CUUGCGAGAUGCGACAGCCACUUUGUAGCCUUUACUGGCGAAGUUUUCUGCGACGGAGGCACCAAUUCUGGGACCGGCGCCGAGAAUGAGAACAACGGGAGCUGCCAUUGUAACUUUUGAAGAGAGGAAUCGACUUGUGAACGAUUUGACUUUGCUCUUGGAUCUGGAUAACAAUGAAGGAGCCAUAUUGGAGUCGCUUUGGGGGGAUAUGCCGUCUUAUUUAUGCCUAUGAGUCCAGAUAUUAUUAAAAGCAUCUCGGUAUAAUUCAUUGAUGAGUCCGAGGAUUGAUAAUCAGGAGCCUGUUCUUUUAUUCGAGACUUCCCCUCUUCCCCAAACAUGUCAAGAAAGGUCAGAAAUAUGGCGCAAUGCCCUCGAUUCUCUCACUAAUCCGCACAAAUUAUUUCUGUCCUACUUACCAUGACCUCCUCCAAACGCACGCCGGUCUACUUCCUCGGCAUCGGCGGGCCAAACUUCAUAGGAGACACAAAACACCCAGCCUACUUCAAACUAGCCGAAGUCGGUCAAGAAAUCACGCAAAAAGUCCAACCAAAAGCCGUGGUCGUAUUCUCAGCUCACUGGCAAGGUGGUCCCAAUACAAUUCAGAUCAACACUGCAGAAAAGACGGAUCUGAUCUAUGACUUUUAUGGGUUUCCACCGCAUUAUUAUGAAGUUGAGUAUCCGAAUAGGGGCAGUAGGGAAGUUGCGGAGAAAGUUAUGGAGAGGCUAAGCGCUAAGGGUAUUGAUGUUGAGCCUGUGAAAAGGGGUCUUGAUCACGGAGUUUGGGCUGGGUUUAUAGCUGCAUUUGAUCCGAAGAAGAACCCAUUAGAUGUACCGAUUGUAGAAGUCUCGAUAUUCGGUAGUGAGGAUUCAGAUCAACAUUACCGCGUGGGUGAGGCACUACAGAGUUUACGAGAUGAAGGUAUUUUGAUUAUGGGCGCAGGCAUGGUCGUCCACAAUCUUCGCGAUUACCGGUCUAUCAUGAAUACGAACAAAGUUAUGCCAUAUGUUUACACUUUCGAUGAAGUUCUCAAAGAAGCUGUGACCGUUGCUGCAAAGGACCGUCGAUCUGCAUUGUCUACACUGAUGAAGCAGCCUCUUGCUCGACAGGCUAAUCCCACUUUUGAGCAUAUCUUGCCGCUGCAUGUUGCCGCUGGUGCUGCUGGGGAGGACGUGGGCGAACGAUUGUGGACUUUACCAGAGAAGAGUUUGAGUUGGGCUCAGUAUCGAUUUGGCAGCGUAUGUUGAUAAUAUACCGUGCACUCGUGUAAUCAUGCUAUCAGCUAGAUACCAACA